CAGUUAUAUAAAUAUAUAUACAUAGUUAAGAAAACAUAUCAACAUUGUGAUAUCCAUAGCUUAAAAUCAUGGAGAUUAACAGUGGAGAAAAUCAACAAGAAGAAUCAUGUAGAUGGUUAAAAAAAUACCUAAACCAUCAAAGUGAUUGGUUAGAGAAAACAAGAGGCAAUCUGAUGAUUGUGGCGACGGUCAUAGCAAGUAUGAGUUUUCAAGUUAUGGUUAAUCCUCCAGGUGGCGUUUGGCAAAGUGACGAAUGUUCUGAAAAUCAUGUUGGAGUUUGUAAGCAGAAAGCCGGAACUUCGAUAAUGGAGAACCACUAUAGUACAAAGCGUGAUGUUUAUCUCGGAAUGGUUAUAUUUAGUGCGGUAUCUUUUUCUGCCUCUAUGAGCCUAAUUCUCCUCAUCAUCAUGGGUUUACAACUGAGGAACCGACUGAUAAUGGCGACUGUGGUAAUUUUCAUGACAGUGGCAGUUAUUUGUAUAUCGGGAGCAUUCUAUUGUGCAGUAACUUUGGUUCAUCACCUCGAAGAUCAUUUCAUCACUGCUAUACGAGAAAUUUAUGUGGCAUUUUGGAUCGUGUUUCCUAUUUUAGUACUCAUAAGCCAACUCAUUCGGUUUACAUAUAAGCUUAUUUGUUGUGUAUGUUGUCAACGUCGAAGACGAUCUCCUCGACGGUUGCUGCCAUCGACUCCAACUUCCGCCCGUUAAAAAAGAAGAAAGGUGGCUCGAGCUCACAUAUAAAAUAAAAAAUGGUGAUCACUAGAAGACGUGUAUCUCAUGUCUAGUAUGGUAGUACGGUUUAAGGUUGAUUCAUGACUACAAUAAAAUAAUAUUAUAUGUGAUCAAAAGAUGUAUAUGGGUUUGUAUUGUUUAAUGGGAACAUUGAAGAAAUUUAUAUUUCACUAGCCAAUUUCCCUAA